CAGUACCACACACAAGACAAACAUCUCCUGACCUUGCAUCCCAAUUACUCACCACCUCUUAGUUCGCAUCAUCUUUCAUACCUGUUGAUCCUGGUGCCACCGCCUUCGUGCGCGGGUAUGGAUCUUGUUUACAGCACGAAACUAUGAUUCUCAGUUCUCCAUCUUAAUCUUUUGCAGUUUGCUUCUAGUUCCUAUCCCUCCUGCUACGACCCCCUUGAGACUCCCAGGUCGCUAUCCAUGGCCGCGCGAGCAUUGAAUCCCGAGGGAAACCUCCUACGCCCUAGACCGACCAGGCCACUGCCAGAUGUGUUGCGCAACGGUAGCCAUGGUUCGAAUGGUUUCCCCGACCCCUUUCCACCCUCGGCCAUCUCUAGUGGACGCAGCACCCCAGUUCCUCAAGAUGCGCCUCCUUCCGUCCAGUCCAUCUCCUCUGCACGGAAACAUGCUCGCGCACAGGCAAAGCAUCGCCUGUUCCACACAAUCAACUACACCCCUCGAGUAUCCCAUUUUGAUCCUCGUAGCGAAUACCGAGACUUUCGCGGCUUCUUUGUCCUUUUCUGGAUCAGCCUCAGUAUCAUGGUCAUUACGACUGGUCUGCGAAACAUCAAAGAGACGGGCCAUCCACUCCGAGUUCAGGUCUAUACCAUCCUCUCCCGGAAUGUUCUAUCCUUGGGUUUGAGUGAUGCCGCCAUGGUUGGCACCACGGCCUUGAGCCUCGCCAUACAAAAGCUCGUCCGCGGACAGACUGGCUUGCUCCGUUGGCGCAGAGCGGGCAUCUGGAUCCAGAGCAUCUUUCAGCUCUUCUGGCUGAUUCUUUGGGUCGAGUGGCCAUUUUUGCUCAAGUGGACCUGGACCGCCCAAGUCUACUUCGCCCUUCACACCCUGACUUUCCUCAUGAAGAUGCACUCGUAUGCCUUUUACAAUGGCCACUUGAGUGAAUCCGAGAACCGCCUGCGAGAGCUCGACAAGCCUGAAACCGCAAACUUGGCCAAAGCAGUCCGAUAUCCCACCACGCCUUCCCGCCUUCAAGAGAUAGACUCGGACGACAGCUCGCCCGAUGACAAGGACAAUCGGUCCUCUCGAGAAUCCCUUGAGGAACUGGCCCAAUUGCGCCAAGAUCUCGCUACCGAACUCACCUCCCCACUCGGUCAGGUCACCUACCCUCAGAACCUGACCGUCGCCAACCUGGUCGACUAUAUCCUGUGCCCUACCCUGUGCUACGAACUCGAAUAUCCUAGAACUCCGCACAUCCGUUGGCUCGAGCUCUUUUACAAGACUCUCGCCGUCUUUGGUUGCAUCUUUCUCAUGAUCACCAUCAGCGAAGAGUUCAUCACCCCGGUCCUCGCCGACUCGGCCGUCCGGCUGAAAUUGGUCCACACCUUGGCCGACCGAUGCCUCAUCCUUGCCGAGACCAUCUCCAUGCUCCUCUUCCCAUUUAUGAUCACCUUUCUCUUGGUCUUUCUCGUAAUCUGGGAGUACAUCCUCGGAGCCUUUGCCGAAAUCACCUGUUUCGCCGAUCGCCACUUCUACUCGGAUUGGUGGAACAGCAGUGAUUGGCUCGAGUUUAGUCGCGAGUGGAACAUUCCCGUCUACCAUUUCUUGCGCCGCCAUGUCUUCUUCUCCUCCAAAACAUAUGUUUCCACCUCCAUGGCCAUGACCAUCACCUUCCUCGUCAGCGCCCUCGGUCACGAACUCAUCAUGGGCUGCAUCACCAAGAAGCUGCGCGGCUAUGGCUUCGUGGCCAUGAUGCUGCAGUUGCCCAUUGUCGCCUUACAACGCAGCAAGCUGAUUCGAGGGAGAUGGGUCUUCAACAAUGCCGCCUUCUGGAGCAGCAUGAUUCUCGGUCUCAGUGCCAUGUGCAGUCUGUAUGUAUUGGUUUGAUUUGAGAGGGGGUCGCGGUGAAACCUCCUUUACUUGUCCGUCGUUCAUGCAUAUCGUGAUCGAGGCUGUCAUACCUGGUGCGCAUGCGACCAUGUGUCUGCAAUUCUCUUUCAGACGUGACACACCAACCCAGCCUGCCGAAAUGGAUAGAUACAUAUAUUGUAAUCUUGGCUCCCUAGGUAGUCCAGUUCUUCUGCCGAGCCCGGCUAAACGAAAGCACAUCAUCCUCAGGAUGCAUAAACA